CAUUGGUCCAGACACCCCGGAACCGGCAGCCGGCACUCACCCGUGUCCACCGCGUCGCGAGGCGCCACGCGCGAAGCGCCAACACAGCGAGCACGGACACGCGACAGUGCCACUCAGUGCAACAGUGGGGCAGAGACGAGAGAGUGCAGCGAGAGUGCGACAGAGAGAGACAGUGCGCGGAAUGCGUCGACGGCGAUGGUCCUGCGCGCAGAUCUUCCCCGGAGGCUGACGCGCUCCGGGGCGAAGCUCCCACAACAGGUGCCCGGGGCGUCCGGGGCGUCCGGGAUGGAAGGGUUGUAAGGCGCGAGCGUCCCGUCUAGCAGUCUAGCACCGCUACCAUGGAGGACCUGGUCGACCACUUCUACAGGUUGGCCGCGGUCCCGAACGGGUCCCUGGCGUCCCCCACCCCGUGGGGCAACUUCUCGGACUGGGCCAACCUGAGCACCUCGGAGCCGUGCCCGGAGAUCCCGUACGAAGAGCGGCCCGAGACGUACUUCGUGCCCGUCAUCUUCGCCAUCAUCUUCCUCGUCGGCGUGCUGGGCAACGGCACCCUCAUCUGCAUGUUCGUCAGCGACCGCAACAUGCGCAACGAGCCCAACACCUUCAUUUUCAGCUUGGCGUGCGGUGACCUGCUGGUCAUCCUGACGGCCGUGCCCUUCGUGUGGGUCAUCUACAUCGUGCCGUACUGGCCCUUCGGCCUCAUCGUGUGCCGGCUGUCCGAGACCGUCAAGGAGCUGUCCAUCGGCGUGUCCGUGUUCACGCUCACGGCCCUGUCGGCCGCCCGCUACUUCCCCGUCGUGUACCCGAUGCGCGCGCGUUCCGGCGGCAGGUCCGCGGCCGUGCGCUGGAGUGCCGUCAGCUCCGUGGCCAUCUGGAUCGUGGCGCUGGGCUGCGCCAUGCCCGUCGCCCUCAACGCCUUCCUCAUCCCGAUGAAGGAGAUCGACCACCCCGCGUGCGUGAAGGGCGACCACUACGUCGCCUGCUUCCCCUUCCCCAUGGAGUGGAGCUGCAAGAUGGCGGUGUACCAGUGCGUCAUCUACUACGCCGUGCCGCUCACCAUCAUCUUCGUCUUCUACGCGCUCAUGGCGCAGCGCCUGUUCCAGAGCGCGGCCACGCUGCCCGGCGAGCAGGAGGGCCACCACCCGGCCCGUAACCGCCAGGUUCGCGCGCGCCGGAAGGUGGCCAAGAUGGUGCUGGCCUUCGUGCUGGUCUUCUGGGCCUGCUUCACGCCGCAUCAGAUCUUCGCGCUGUGGUUCCACUGCGCCCCGGACUCGAGGGAGAACUUCAACAGUUUUUGGAACUACUUCAGAAUAUGCGCGUUCUGCCUCAAGUUCCUCAACUCGUGCGCCAACCCCGUGGCGCUGUACUGCGUGAGCGGCAUGUUCCGCAAAAAGUUCCAGCGCUACCUGGGCUGGCUGCUGCGUGGCGGCCGCCGGAGACGAUCCUCCAACAGCCUGCUGACGAGCAGCGGCACGAUGCAGCCGCGCCGCGCCAGCAAGGCCCGCACCAUCCAGCGCACCAUCACGCGCCGCCAGCGCACCGGCACCACGCUCGUCACCACCGCCUUCGUCAACGGCGGCACCGCCUAG